AUGUUGACAGAUGUGAAUCAUCGUAGAUGCGGCAACAAAACCAGAAGAGCACUGUGUGACGAGAUUCUCGAGGACUUGGCGCAACUAUCAAUUGAGCAUCAAUAUGAAUGUGUUGAGCAGAUUGAGCGUAAAAGGAAAAUGCCCGAACUCGGCCAGCCAUAUGCAACAUACGACACUAUUCUUGGCAAGUUUUAUCAGGUAGAAUAUAUAGACCGUGAACUGCAGUCGCGAUCUCACGACUUUGCGUUUGAAAUGUUAUUUGAGGCUGAUCGGCCGACACUUCCUUAUUGGGAUACAGUGCAGCUCAUCGAGAAAGCGAUUAUGGAAGUCAGAGAACUGGACAAAUUGUUUAUACGGAGACGAUUUCUAUCUACUAUCACCAUCGAUGGGUCCCGCCAUACCUGGUUCGAAACGCCCGAACACGACGCAUUCCUGCGCACCGAUUAUACUGACAUGCGCCCGAGGACCAGCUUCGGAAGUGAGAUAAAUCGGUAUGAGACCGGCCUGAAGGAGCCAGUCAAUAACGAACAGCUACGGAGAGCACUCGUCGAAGCUGGCCCAGCCUUCAAAAAGCAAAUUAUCAACCGACGUCUUGCCGUCGAGCAGAGAGCUCGGCCAGACACCAAGUUAAGGUGGUACCCAGUGCUUGCGCCAGGAGGGAAGUGGACUGUG